AUGCAAAUCCCACAGACUCAAACUGUAGCUCUUGUCUCCGAACUCGGAGGCAAGGUGGAAUUUGACGAUCAGUAUCCAGUUCCUGUCCCGGGUCAAAACGAGGUGCUGGCAAAAGUCCUCUACACCGGUGUUUGUCAGAGUGAUCUCCACACCAAGAAUGGAACUGCAGCCGGUGCCGACGGAAAUCCCAUCACGAACAUCAAGCGUCCUCACGUUGGUGGUCACGAAGGAGUCGGACGGAUUGUGGCACUCGGUCCUGGUUGCGGACCUGACUUGAAAGUUGGAGGCCUGGUGGGCAUUCGUUUCGCCAGUCGUAUCUGCAGACGAUGCGAGUUCUGCCUCGCUGGGACAGAACAGUAUUGCAUCAAAAGCACCAAUCAUCUGCACCACGAGGAUGGCAGCUUCCAAAUGUACAUUGCCCUCGACGCGGACUAUCUGACAAUCCUGCCGGACGACAUCGAUCCGAAAGUCAUUGGCCCGGUCUUAUGCGCUGGGGCCGUUCUCAACGCCAACAUCAGAGCGGGAAACUGGCUCGUUGUAGUGGGUGCAGGAGGCGGCCUCGGACACCUCGCGGUCCAAUACGCAAAAGCCCAUGGCGCACUGGUUAUCGGGGUCGACGCUGGAGAUAAACGAGACUUUGUUCUCGGACUUGGUGCUGUCGAGUUUAUCGACUUCAAAUCUACCGACCGUGUGCAGCGUGUUCACGAAAUCACUGGACUGGGGGCACACGCUGUAGUUGUGACAGCCGGCAAUGCAAAAGCUUUUGCCCAUGCAUGCGACAUGCUGCGCGUCGGUGGCACUCUGAGCUGCGUCGGCAUUCCCCCAGGGCGUCCUGUGCUGGAGACCCCCAUCUGCACCAUUGUCAUCAAAGGGCUCAGGAUCACUGGCAAUCUGGUUGGUUCGCUCAAAGAGUGUAUGGAAGCGGUUGAGUUGGUCCGUCGGGGAAUGGUCAAACCAGAAAUUCGAGUACGGCCAUUCAGGGAUCUGCCUCAAGUGUACGAGGAAAUGGAGAAAGGUGAUAUUUCAGGACGAAUCGUCCUCCAGAUUGCAGAGUGA